AUGGAAACUGAUCCUGGACUAAUUGAAACAGGAAAUCCUGUUCGUCAAGAACACUGCCUACCAAACAUGAACUUGAAAUGCCUUUCCUCUGGCCACCUGGACACCACGGCCAUUGAAACCGGCGACGAAUUUAGACCAAUCCUACCGAUAGUGAUCGCUCUUGACAUUGGCACGAACACGAAACGGAUAUUUCGAAAGAAGGAAACAUCAGCUGCUGAGACCCAGCACUUGAACCAGUUAUUGACAGGUUCAAUGCCAAUGUUGGAAUUAGGAGCUCCUUAG